AUGGCGGACGCUCACGCUAACAACGCGCCGCUCUUUUUCCUCGAUGCAGACGAGCACAGUAUACCCACACCUGCUCCUAUACAGAAAGACUGGCGGCGGCGCUACUUGGGCACAUUUGUGCUGCCUGCGUACUCGAUGACCAAGGGCAGCGAGUACAUCCGCCCCGGCCACCAGGUGAUGAUCACACGCAAGAAAAAGAGCGCGCCGGCAAAAGGCGCGCAAGCCAAGCUCUCUUUCGGCAGCAAAUCCGUUCCGAAAUCAGCGCGUGAGCGGCCCGAUCAUGUCGUGCGAUUCAGUACCCUGCGCGGUUUCGAAGUUGGCCGGAUUCCUGUGGAUGUUGGCGGGUGGAUGGCGCCCCUCUUGGACAACGGGACGGUGGAGUUCGACGGUUUUGUCGUUGAUUGUCCCGUUCCACUUACGGUCGGUGCGGAUAUCAUCCUUGAGAUCAAGGCGUACAUGCUCAAAGACGCGUUCCGUGCAAGUGUGACGGCGAUGUGCGACUUGGCCAACGAUGCACAGAACUUGUUGGCGGAAGAGAGCGCACACGAGCGGCAUUUGCGCCAGCGCAAAGCAGCACUGCACCGUCUUUUUCGCACGUGUAAUCUGACGCCGACGAAAACCAUGCGUGCCAGCGAAGAGGAGCGAAGCGCGCGCACAAACAAGCCCACGGUCAACGACGACGCGGAGAAUGACGGUACAGAGGUCUCGCAUGCUAACCUGCGCGACAUCUACGCCAAGGCACAGCAGCAUGACCUGUCUCUUCCGGAAAUCGAGCCGCCAGCGACGUUUGCACUCACGCUCCGGCCGUACCAAAAGCAGGCGCUGGGGUGGAUGCAAGAGAUGGAAGAUGCACAAGGCUCGUCGAACCGUGCGUCUACCUUGCACCCACUUUGGGAGCAGUAUACCUUCCCUUUUGCUGACGAUCCUGAUGCGGGGUGCGAACCCUUCUUCUACAACCCAUACAUUGGCGAUGUCAGCCUGCACUUUCAGCCCGCCAGUCGCGGCGCGCGCGGCGGAAUUUUGGCGGACGAAAUGGGCCUCGGGAAGACAAUCAUGCUGGCCAGUUUGAUCCACGCAAAUCGCGCGCUCGACUCUCCUGAGCAACCGGCGAAAAAAGCGCGCACGCUGCGCCAGCCUUCGCUUGCCAGUGCGUUUGGCGCACAGCGCCGCACUGCAGGCAAGUCGUGUGCCACACUUGUCGUGGCACCAAUGAGUCUUUUGAGCCAGUGGAAAAGCGAGCUGGAGCGCGCGAGCGUGCCUGGAAGCUUGCGCGUGCUGCUCUACUAUGGCGACGCUCGCGAACAGCUUGCGUGUGCGCUGCACGAAUCGCGUGUCGAUGUUGUGAUUACAUCCUACGGCACUCUCACGCACGAGUACAAGCGCGAAAUUGAGCGCGCUGGCACCUGUCUCCUAUUUGCUGAGUCGUGGCACCGCGUCAUUCUGGACGAAGCGCACAAUAUCAAAAACCGCAGCACAGUAGCUGCGCGUGCGAGUUUUCUGCUGCAUGCAGACCGGCGCUGGGCGCUGACAGGCACUCCCAUUCAAAAUCGUUUGACAGACUUGUACAGCCUGCUGCGGUUCCUGCGCGUGGAGCCUUGGGGCGACGUGAGCUUCUUCAACAGCUUUCUUGCGAAGCCAUUUGCGAGUCAGAGUGCGCGCGCGCUGGAUAUUGUGCAGUCCAUUCUCUCCAGCAUCCUGCUCCGCCGCGAAAAAGGCAGCCACGACAAGGACGGGCGUUUAAUUGUCGAGCUCCCUGAAAAACGAUUCGAUACCCAACGCCUCGCCUUUUCCCCUGCAGAGCGCGAAAUUUACAACAGUGUAUACGACCGCGCACGCGCUCGAUUUCGGCGCCUCGCUGCACAAGGCCUGGUCGGCCGCAACUUUAGUCUUAUUUUUUCCGUGCUCAUGCGCCUGCGCCAGGCUGUAUGCCAUCCUAUGUUGGUGCUGCAUGAUCGUGCGUCGCGGCCCGAAUCGAUGCCAGACGAGGUCAACGAGGAGGAGAAAUUUUACCAGCACAUACACGCGUUGAUCGCCAAGUUCCAGCAGGGCGCCGACGGCGCGGAUGGAGCGCACUUUGCGCUGCACGUUCUCGAUCAGCUCGCGCAGCCGUGCGAGGCGGACGAAGAAGAGUGCCCUUUUUGCAUGGAGCUGCGCCAGUCAAAAUGCUUUUUGCCGCUGUGCAUGCACCAUGGAUGUCGCGAGUGCCUUGUACAGUACCUGCAAGCGUGCGAAGACAGAGGCGAGGAGCCGCACUGUCCUGUGUGCCGCAAAGGACCCGUGCAAGCGGAGGAUUUGGUCGAGUCUGUACGCCCACAAGCGCCCUCGCGCCACAAAUCCGAAGCGCCUCCGCUCCGGGGAAGCACAAAACUCGACGCACUCCUUACACAGCUCGCGCAGCUCAUGAGUAACGAUUCGACGAUGAAAGGCGUUAUUUUUUCGCAAUUCACUGGCUUCCUCGACCUGAUCCAGGCGCACCUGAAAAAAGCAGGUUACACGUUUUUCCGACUCGAUGGCCGCACGUCGCAGGCCGAGCGUGCGGCAAUCCUCGCACAGUUUGCCGAGUGCGAUGCACAGGCCCUCUUUCUCAUCUCGCUGCGUGCCGGUGGUGUGGGCUUGAACUUGACCGCGGCGAAUCAUGUAUGGCUUAUGGACUGCUGGUGGAAUCAGAGCAUUGAGGACCAGGCGGUGGAUCGCAUCCACCGCAUCGGCCAAACCAGACCCGUCACCGUCCACCGGUUUUUAAUCGAGGAGACGAUCGAGGACAGGGUCCUCGCAAUCCAGCGACGCAAAAAGGAGCUGGUGGAACAUGCACUGGCCCAGAGCGCAUCAAAAGACGCACCAUCUGAGGUGAUGGCGAACUUGGAACUACUAUUUGGCUAG